UAAUUUAAAAAAAAAAUCGCGGAAUUUAAAACCCGCAAAACCCUAACGAGGUGAGGGCGAUCACCGUCGAUGGCGUGCAACGGCUCUGGGUGCCAGUCCGGUGGCUGCUACAAAGACGAAGACGCAACAUGUAAGCAACCACCCAAGUCCGAAGAAGCCGAUUCAAAAAACCCUAGCAAUGUCUGCAUCAAGUGCAAGCUCAACGACGCCGUUUCGGGCUACGGCGGAAUCGACGAUGGUCGUUUCUGCGCCGAUUGCUUCAAAACCAACUUGUUCGGCAAGUUUCGUUUCGCCGUCACUUCAAAUGCCAUGAUAACUCCCACGGACAAGGUCCUCGUUGCCUUCUCUGGUGGCCCUUCAUCCAGGGUAGCUUUGCAAUUUGUUCAUGACAUGCAAGAGAGGGCUCAGAGGAACUUCGAUGCGAGUAGGGACCGGUCGUUGCCGGUGUUUGGUGUUGGAGUUGUGUUUAUUGAUGAGAGUGCCGUGUUGCCGAUUCCUUCUAAUGAAAUGGAGGAAGCGGUUGAGGUUGUUAGUGAGGUUGUGUCGAGUUUGGCCCCACCAAGGAAGGAGUUGCAUAUUGUUCCUAUUGAGACCGUUUAUUCCUCGGAUUCUGGUGAUGGGAAGGAGAGGAUAACCAAGGUAGUGAACACAGUGAUUGAUCCAACGGGAAGGGAGGAUGUAUUGCUCUGUCUGCGAAUGUUGGCGCUACAAAAGGUUGCUUCUGAAUUUGGGUAUAACAGGAUCAUUCUGGGGUCAUGCAUUUCGAGGAUUGCUUGCCAUGUCAUUUCAGCCACUGUGAAGGGUCAAGGAUACUCAUUACCUGCAGAUAUACAGUAUGUUGAUGCUAGAUGGGAAGUUCCUGUUGUACUUCCUCUGCGUGAUUGUUUUGCUCAAGAGAUCAACAUGCUAUGCCACCUUGAUGGUCUAAAGACUGUAAAGUUGUCUACAGAUCUGUGCUCUAGCAUUAAUGGCUUGGUAUCAUCUUUUGUGGCUUUAUUGCAGGAAGAAAACCCAUCACGAGAGAGCACAAUUGUAAGAACAGCUGGUAAACUUACUCCCUUCCAAUUCAACAGGAUUCCAGAGAUCAUUGAUGGUAAUGUUCCCUUGGCAACUCGAAGACGCCAGAAGAGAUAUAAUCUCAAAUCCAAUGAAUCUGUUUCCUCAGAAUCUUUCUGUCCUCUCUGCAACAGCCCACUCGACAAGAGUGAGAUUACUGAUUGGAGUAAUAUUGAUAGCCACAGAAGUAGUGAUAUUUUUUAUAAUACCUGCUGUUCAAGUUGUCGGUUUCAGAUACUUCCAAGUGAUUCCAUGGCAAUGGAACAAUUUUAUAUGGAUUUGCCUCAGUCGGUGGUUGGCCGAGCAAAGCAAGCCAACAAUGGUAAUUUGAGUCUGCUAAGGGAACAAAUUCAAGAUUACCUGCUCUCAGAUGGUGAAGAUGAAACAUAGGACUACUUUUUUACAUUGAGGCUCUAUGUUGAAGGGAUAAAUACUGGUUGUGGUAAUUUAAUUUACAGUUUGAGUGAGUGAGAGGUUUCCGUUGGCCUUUGGCUAAUACAAAAAAGAGUUAUAGAGCACUGAGCUUCACUAAUUUUUGAGAGCAUAUUUAAGCAGGGAUAGAUUAGAUAGCUAAUUUUUAUGUAUCCUUGGCAAUUCUAAGAGAGAUAAAGUUGAGUCCGAAUACUCGUUGGAGGCAUCAAGGUUAUUGAGAUAUUGCUUUAGCAUUUAUUUGCGUCUAUUGUAUUUUAUGGGAAAUGUUGGACCAAGACAACAGUAAAGAAAUUAUUUUGCAACUUGUGACUAGUAUGUAUGGCAUUGUUUUUCCCCAUGUAGA